AUGCCGGCAUCGUUCUAUACACCAUCAGAUUCACAUCAUUAUAGUAAAUAUCUAGGCGCAUUUAUAGAUGAAAUACCGAUUACUAAUAUUAACAACGAUCUUACUAGAUGGAUUCAGUCAAAACCAGAUGGCACGAUUGUGUACAGUGCUUUUGGUAGUACUUCUAUUAUUCCCUAUGAGCGUAUGUAUAAUUUAAUUAAUGGUUUGGCUAAUUUUCUUCUGGAAGAAGAUGACAGUUCUAUACUAUUGGCAUUUCGCAAUGUAAAUUAUGACACAUAUCAAACGGUAUUAACGAAUUUAAACAACGAUGAAUUGCAUAAAAUCUUGAAAAAUGAAGAUCGAGUGAGAAUCGAAAAUGGAUUUGUACAACAGAAAUGGAUUUUACAACAGAAUCAAAUCAAAAUCUUCUUAAGUCAUUGUGGAAUGGGCUCUGCUUUAGAAGCAUUAUACUACAGCAAACCUUUACUAUGCAUGCCUUUCUGUUUAGAUCAGUUCUCUAAUGCAAUCGCCAUCGAUAAUCUAGAUGUUGGACAAUCAUUGUUCGUACCACCAUCUCUCUGGCAAUCUUUGAUAAAACCUUAUGACUUUGCUAAAUAUACUUUCACAGCUGCGAGCGUGACAAAUAAAUUAUUAGCUAUGUGGUCAAAUGUAUUAUACAAAGAAGCAGCUGGACGCAUGUCAUUGGAAAUGAAAUAUGCUGGUGGUGUGAAGCAAGCCGUAAAAGAAAUAGAGUUUUUUGUUAAUCUCGGUGGUGAUCUAGAUCGUUUUGAACCAUUUUCAAGUACAUUACCAUUUUAUCAACGAUAUAUGUUUGAUCUACUGUUUGUAUUCAUUGUCUUACCGGGAACAAUCUCCUUAUACAUCUGUUUUAAAUGUUGUAAGCGAAGACAAAAAUCAAAAAUAGAUUGA